UUGCGGUUUAUGUAAUGUUGGCUAACGACAGGAUAAAUAUUUUCCUUCCCCGCCUGUACACAUCUGUUAGCCCGAAGCAGUUUUUCUAGAAGGCUAGGUUAGGUUAACGCUAAGCUAAUUGUGCUAAGCUAAGUUACAUAGCUAAGUGCCGCUAAAACAAGGCCUACCUCGGACGUGGCUAAUUCCUGGUCAACUCGUUAUUUGCUAAUUUAAGGUUCCUUCUGCUUUUUGUAACUAAAUCAUUCAGUAAGUGCUUUCUAUAGUAUUAAUCAUACAAAGUGUAACUGUUUAUUUGUUGUUAAAUAAUGCUCAGUUAACGCCAGGUUAAGUCUUCUAGCUUGCAUUUAGGCUAACGUCGUCCCAACAGGCAUUCCACAGCUGAACUUUGCUAGCUUUACAUCAGCCAGCUAACGCCGUCUUCUCCAUUUACUAUCCCUCCAACGGCUGCUGAGCUCUACGUGAUCGUUUACCACAAUUGGUGAAUUAAAUCCAAUCAAUUGCACUGAUCGUUAAAGAUAACACUGAGUGGAUCAAGAGAGCAUUUUGAUAACGUUACCGUGUCAAUUGGCUGUUUUGAUUACCGAUGUCUGACGAGUUUCGCUGUCAAAACACCAAAAACGUUAAUAUUGUACAUAAUUCGUGGAGACAGUCGAGUCAAACCGCCGAGGAAACUUCGCACCAGUUAUCUAAUUAAUGUUCCCUACCGUAGCUCAUUGUUUUAACCUUAUUUCGCUCGAUUUACGAUGCCGCACUGGAUUGCUAACGCCUUACAUGUGACUGCUAAAACAAUGAGGCUGAGAAUGCGUAAGGCGUCUCAGCAGCCGAACCCCAGUGUGGCAAGCCGCCCAUCCAGGACCAAGCGGAGGCAUUCAGAAGUGGAAGAGGACACUCCAACUAGUGGAGGGAGGGGCUUGUUCUCGACCAUCAAAAAGUUCAUUAGAGGAAAUGCUGUUAAGGUGGAGCAGGAAAGCCCAGCCAAGAAGACACGUCUCCACUGUGAUGUGGACAACAACCUGAUCACCUCUACAACCCCGAAUACCAACACUCCCCGCAGGACUAUCAGCAGGGUUGGCAGGAGAGGCUCUGUCAAUGGACAGGCAACCAAUCAUGACAGGAGUAAGGAGAAGCCCAAUGGCAGUCUGGAGGAGACAACAGCCGUUGAGGUGACCACCAGCCCUCCAAGAACCACCCUUCUUGGAACCAUCUUCUCCCCUGUUUUCAAUUUCUUCUCACCAGCUAAAAAUGCCUCUUCUGGGUCAGAUUCUCCGGACCAGGCAUUGGAGGCUGAGGAGAUAGUCAAGCAGCUGGACAUGGAGCAAGCUGUGGAGACGCCUACCAGCACAGCCACAUCCCCACAGGAACUGUGUGCCACCACUAACUUCUACUCUAGUGUAUCACAGCUGCCACCUCUGCGACCUCCCCACAUCCCCGAGGCACCUCCCACAGCAGAGGAGGGAGAGCUUGAUGCCGAUGCUGAUCUUCCACCCCUUACAGCUCCAGGCUCCAGUCCAGUUAUGGCAUAUGUGGACUCUCCUCCCACUGCAGUACCACCAGAGGCAUCCUAUGAGGAGGACUGGGAAGUCUUUGACCCAUAUUUCUUCAUCAAGCACGUCCCUCCACUGACAGAAGAGCAGCUCACCCGUAAGCCAGCCUUGCCACUGAAGACACGCAGCACGCCUGAAUUCUCUCUGGUCCUAGACCUGGAUGAAACAUUGGUUCACUGCAGUUUAAAUGAGCUGGAGGACGCAGCACUUACCUUCCCUGUUCUCUUUCAGGAUGUCAUUUAUCAGGUGUACGUGCGCCUGCGGCCGUUCUUUAGAGAGUUUCUGGAACGCAUGUCUCAAAUCUAUGAGAUCAUCCUUUUUACAGCCUCUAAAAAGGUGUAUGCAGACAAACUGCUCAACAUCUUGGAUCCUAAAAAGCAGCUAGUGAGACACAGGUUGUUUCGUGAGCAUUGUGUCUGUGUCCAGGGAAACUACAUCAAGGACCUCAACAUCUUAGGCAGAGAUCUGUCAAAGACCAUCAUCAUCGACAAUUCACCACAAGCCUUUGCAUAUCAGUUGUCCAAUGGGAUUCCCAUAGAGAGCUGGUUCAUGGACAAAAAUGACAAUGAGCUGCUGAAGCUGGUGCCCUUCCUGGAGAAGUUGGUUGAGAUGAACGAGGAUGUGCGGCCACAUGUUCGAGAGCGGUUCCGGCUUCACGACCUGUUGCCACCUGAUUGAACUUGACCACAGUCUCUCAAAACGGGACAACAUGAAAAGACUGAGAACAACAUGCGUGUAAAAAGCCCCUCUUUGGAUUACAAACUACAGCAUUGCCAUUACUGUUAAAAAAAAUAUAUUUUCACUUUAUUUUUUAUUUUUUUGUUGUUUUGUUUGU